CUAACAGCAGGUGGCGGUAGCUCCACUGUGGUUAUCGUGUCGCUGAUGUAAACACAAUGGACGAAGAAGAAGCUUUCGCAGCACGAUCGAUGACGUCAAGCAGUGUAGUAACCGGCGCGGAAGAAGAAGCGGCAGUAAUAAUGGCCUCAGACGACAUAGCACAGCUGGCUGAUGCUCUCGCCAAGACCCACGUCGGUGAUGGAGAGUUGAGCUACAAGGGCCUGGGACUGAAGCUGGACGACGCGGAGUCAGUGGAGGAGCUGGUCCGUGAGAUAGAGCAGUACCAGGGUCUGAGGGCUCUCCGCCUGGAGGGGAACACGUUCGGUGUGGAGGCAGCCCGAGCCAUCGCCAAGGCUUUGGAGAGCAAAGACCUUCUCCAGAGAUGUUACUGGAGCGACAUGUUCACCGCAAGGCUGCGGUCUGAAAUCCCAACAGCUCUGAGGUCACUAGGCAGUGCGUUGAUGAGCGCAGGGGCCAGGCUGACUGAGUUGGACCUGAGUGACAACGCUUUUGGGCCGGAUGGCGUGAAGGGAAUCGAGCAGCUGCUGAAGAGCCCUUCCUGCCACACCCUGAGGGAGCUGAGGCUCAACAACUGUGGCAUGGGCAUCGGAGGAGGAAAGAUCUUGGCUGAAGCUCUGAUCGACUGCCACAGACAGUCACUUGCCCACGGAGCUCAGUUUAAACUGAGAGUGUUCAUCGCUGGCAGGAAUCGCCUGGAGAAUGAAGGAGCCAGUGCCCUGGCCAAGGCUUUUCAGCUGAUUGGCAGCCUUGAGGAAGUCCACAUGCCCCAGAACGGCAUCAACCAUAAAGGUGUGAUGGCGUUAGCUUCAGCCAUGCGACACAACCCAGAGCUCUGUGUCCUCAACUUCAAUGACAACACCUUCACCAAGAGGGGAACACUAGCCAUGGUCCAGGCUCUGAGGCAUCUGAGACACGUCCAGGUGAUCAACUUCGGUGACUGUCUGGUUCGCUCUGAAGGAGCCAUCGCCCUUGCUGCAGUCUUGAGAGAGGGACUGCCGAUCCUCAGGGAGCUGAACUUGUCAUUUGGUGAGAUCACAGAGGCGGCGGCGCUGGUGGUGGCUCAGGCUGUCAUGGACAAAACUCACAUGGAGAAUGUGGAUCUGAACGGUAACUGUCUGGGCGAGGAAGGCUGUGAGGCUUUGAGAGAGACUAUGGAGAACAUGGACAAAGGAGACAUGCUGGCAUCACUCAGUGAUGAUGAGGGAGAACCUGAUGAGGACGAUGAUAAGGAGGAGGAGGAGGAGGAUGAUGAUGAGGAGGAUGAUGAGGAAGUGAGUGACGACAGUAAUGAAGACAAUGAGGACGAUGAGGAAAUUGUCAAGGAAAAUGGAGUGUCAAGAAAAGACAACAGUCCUCCAAAACUUCACAGCCCAGCAGAACUCACGUCUUUCCUCAGCUGCCCCAGUGUUGAGGAGCUUCUUCGGCUUGGAGAGGCGAGGACAAACCUGAUGCAACAGAUUGAUGUAUCUGACCCACAUGAGGCUGCUGAUGUCCUUCUGAAAAUUGCUUCUUUGUACUGCGAGGAACCAGAGACCAAGACAGCAGUUCUAGAAACUAUCGAUGAUGUGUUGAAAAAGCUCUUCGGUGGUUCAACCAUCCAGUCCUACUGCUUCCUGUCCACACUGCUGGUCAUGAUGGGACUCCUUAAGGGAGAGGGGAAGAUUAAAAAGGUGUCACUGGUCCCAGGCCAGCUGUUGUGUUUGGAGCAUGCGGUCCAGCAGCACUACUUCUCUCAGCAUCAUGCCCUGCUGCUUAACAACUUCAUGUCCAAGAAUAGCGACGCUCUCAAGUCCUGCAGUGCUGCCAGAGAGAAGCUGUGCUCUGCUCUGGAGAAGAGGUGCCACGACCAAUACUGAUCCCAGCCAUCCAUCAUUUCCACUUCUAACACACACUCACACACACUCACUCACACACACACACACACACACACACACACACACACACACACACACACACACACACACAGAAAACAAACCAACACAGGGAUGCUUUACACUUGAACAAGGGACUCUAACAACCACUGAUCUUCUUUGUAUAUUUUAUGAAGGCCUGACAAACACUGUCCAAAAUCUCUUUCUUUUUAUUUUUCUACUUAUGUUUGCGACUUAUAUUUUUCUAGAAAAUGUAGAUACAAAUAAUACGAAUAUAGAGAAUACAUCAGUUAACCGUGGGGUUUGAUGUGUUAAGGACAAGACAAACACAAUCUGUAAUCUUAACAAUUUAUUCGGCAAUAAACAGCUGACUUUGCUGUUUGUUUUGGUGAGGCCGGCUUUUCACGCUAUUUUGUUUGUCUUUUUUAUACGUUGCUUUUUUUAAACAUUACAUCGUGAAGUGUAAGAAGAACUUUUCGGACGCUCUGUCCAAUCACAAUCGCCACUCUGCUGCUCAAAGGUCCAGUCCAGUCCGAGCACUGUGAUGUGUGCAUCAGACUGUAAUGAGGCAAGGGCAGCACCACAUACCCGGCCAUGAACCUGAACACACUGUGUGUGUGUGUGUGUGUGCGCGUGCAUCGCCCUGCACUGAGCACAGUCGUUGCACUGUAGAGCUCAGGGGACCAGUUUUUACUUAUAGCCCUAAAAUGUGCUCUUAUGUAACUUUGCUGCACACACUGAGUUGUCUUACCUCAUAUAGCUGUUUAUGCCUUAGUGAUGUUAUGGGAGCAUUUAGGGGAAGUAGGAGGAGAAUGUAAUACAAUUGAAUGGCAUUUAGAUAAUUGUCUGAAUAACAUUGGACUGUGUGUAGGUUUAUAUUCUGUUGACCUGCUAUGAUGUUACAUUAAACGCUCUGUCUUAAAUAUAACAAAUCUAACAGGCCUGA